CAGACACAUGCAUUGUCAAAAAACUCAAAGGAGUCGUCUUUAAUCCUAGUCAUCAGCUCUUAUCUACAACCCAAAAGACAAAGAGCACUGGAAAACUGUUUGUUGGGUUUCUCGAUUUUUCCUAUCUUUGUUACAUUCAAGAAGAAUGACUAGAAGCAUGUUCAAGCAAGAGCAUGACUUUGAGAAGAGGCGUGCAGAGGCUGCUAGAAUUAGGGAGAAAUACCCAGAUAGAAUUCCAGUGAUUGUGGAGAAGGCUGAGAGAAGUGAUAUUCCCAACAUUGACAAAAAAAAAUACCUUGUCCCAGCUGAUCUGACGGUGGGUCAAUUUGUCUAUGUAAUUCGGAAGAGGAUUAAACUGAGUGCAGAAAAGGCAAUCUUUAUAUUUGUGGACAAUGUGCUCCCACCAACAGGAGCCAUAAUGUCUACCAUUUAUGAUGAUAAGAGGGAUGGCGAUGGAUUUCUCUAUGUUACAUAUAGUGGAGAAAACACAUUUGGGUGACAAAUUACAUAGCCCCCAAUCCUCUGUAAUUGGUCUCAUAUGGUUGAUAUCUUUGUCGUUACUCAGUUCCGCUCUUGCAUUGCCUAGAACAAUAUCAUGCCUAAGUGUGAACCUAGUCUGUGUUUACGUGUACAGUUGUAUUUUGUAUAUAACAUUUCAACAAACCAUAUGAUGCCUUUCCAUUGAUAUGUAAUAUGUCCCUUCCAAUUUAUGUACUCUCUUUGGUGAUGUGCAAGGGAAGCAAGACAUUAAAGGGCUUCUUUGGCAGUCUCGGGAAAAAUUGCUCGUGAAGUACAUAUUGAAAUCAAACUGAGUGCACUCACCUUUAUCUU